CAAACAACAUCAUCAAAUUUAAUAAAUGAUGAUAGUGAUGAUGAUGUUGAUUUAUUACAAAUGUCUGAUACUAAUCGAAAAUCAAAAAUAUUAUCUACCGGUAAUCGAUUUCAUUCACCACCAUCAUCAUCAUCAUCGCAAUCACAACAUUCUACAAACAAGCAAAAACAACAGCAACAAUCAUCGCCAUUAGGUAUUAUAUUAGGUCGUCCAAUGACAAAUGGUUUUGAUGGUCGUUUAUAUAUACCGAUCUUUUAUCCAAAAUCAUGGAUAGUUCCAUCAACAUCUGUUCAACGACAACCAAUUCGAACAAUUGUACCGAUGCAAUAUUCAUCAUCAAAUUCAUAUCAUUCAUAUUAUUCAUAUCCAUCAAAAUUUUUAUAUUCAAAAAUAAACAAUCCAACACCAACAAUGUAUCGACAAUCACCAGCUGCAUUUGAAUCAUUUAUUGGACAAACAUUUCAAUUGCCCGAUAAAACAACAACAUUAGAUACAAAAACAAAUACCGAAAUGGAUCAUCGUCAUGAUCCAUCAUCAAUGUCAUUUAUUCUUCAACAAUUAGAUCAAAAUUUAUUACAACAACAAUAUCAAGAAACAAAACAACAACAACAGAUAAAUGUGGAAAAAAAUUCUAAACCAACGAAAAAAAGUUUUACAAAUUUAUUGAAAUCAUUGGGUAAAUUUGCAUCCAUUUCACCAUCAUCAUCAUCGACAUCAUCGGAAAAUACACGAUCUUCUUCAUCCGAAGCAAUGAUUGCCGAUGGAUCAGAACAAAUCGAACCAUAUCAUCCAUAUCCAUUGAAACAUAUUGGUGGUCCAUAUUAUGUUGGUCCACCUAUUCUUGGUAUUCAUGAUCCUGAUGCUGAACUUAAGCUUGCAAUGGCAGCUUCAAAUAAUGUUCUAGAUCAAAAUGGCGAUGGAUUUAUGGAUAAUUUUUUGAUGAAUACCGCUGAAAAUACAAUGGAUGAUACUAGUGAUGAUGUUAAUUCAUAUUAUUAUGGGUUAGAACAUGCUGACAAUGAAUUUACAACACCCACAUUGAUUGAUCAAUUCAAUCCAUCAACAUCAUCCAUAUUAUCUCGUACCGAAUCAAACAUUCAAACACCAUUAGAAUCAAAUAGAAUUUCUAUAUCAUCGAUUAAAUCAAAUCGAACCAUCAGAAAUAAUUUGAAUCGUCAAUCAAGAAAAAAAUUUAAAACUACAUCAAAACCAAAUUAUAGUUAUCAAGAAGAAACAACAUUGAAUCCACUAAAAUCCGUGAUUGAACCAUCAUCAUCAUCAUCAUCAUGGAAAGCGAUUAUAUCGACAACAACAACGACAACAUCGACAACAACCGAAUCACCAUUCAAUAAAAAUUCAAUGAUACCAUUAAACAUAUCGAAUAUUAGUCCACAAUCACAAUGGAUACCAACGGUUGCAGCACGUAAACAUAAUUCACUCAAAGAUACAAAUGUAUUCAAAUUUCCAAUUAGUUUUUAAAAUUUAAUUAUUUUUUUCUUUUUAAUUUAAUCAAAUCAUUAAUUAUCA